AUGCCCGUCGUUGGGGUACAUGCGGACCCCAGCUGCUUCAAGAAGGAUAUGAACUCGGACUUUGCGUUUCAAGUGGCCACGCCAACUGGCUGGAAUGUUUGUAUCUGCAAUGAUGCCAUGAUCAGGGAGUACCUUAAUGCUUCAGAUGAGUACCUAUCUUCCACGGCUCCAAUUCAAGGGUUUUUUCAAUCCAGAUUUACGGCCCCUGGACUAUUUCAUAAAAUACCGAGCUCAAUGAUGAGCAAAGCACUUACCUGGUCUCGAACCCGCACCAGGUCAGGGGAUGAAUACUUUCCAAGCUUCAUCGAGGAGAUUCAGCACUCAUUUGAACAAGAGAUUCAUAAUCACCUGCAGAGCGAUGAUGAUUGGAAUCAAUUCGACUGUUAUACGAUCGCCAGCCGCCUUGUGAUGGGCCUGGUUGCAAAGUUACUAGCAGGGGACGAGUGUCGCAAUCCAGAGAGCAUCGACCUUUUCUGUGAUUACACAGCCGAAAUGCUUGUUGGAGGCCCAUAUAUUCGCAGAUUCCCCGACUUCCUUAAACCUAUUAUAGCACGGUCAUCCAAAGUUGUGAAUUUAUCAAAUCGGAUGCAAAAGCUCUUUCUUAAUUUGAUAAACACACGGAAGAUGGAAUCAGAAGAGAGGGAAAAGGCAGGAAAACAGCCUUCGGACUUAACAGAUUGGUUCUGGCGAUGGACCCAGCAGCAGAAGGAUUAUAAUCUGAAUGAGCUAGACAUUGCCCAAUUACUUGCUGCAAAUACUUUCGGAGCUAGCUUUAACACUACUGUGGUUCUUGUCCAGUGUCUCUGUGAGCUUGCCACAAGGCCCAAAUAUAUUAGUCUUAUCAGACAGGAGGUCAUCGGGGUUCUUCGGGCCAACAAUGAUACUUGGACCAAGGAAGGAAUUGAUUCAAUGAAAGUGUUGGACAGCUUCAUAAAGGAAUCACAUCGCUAUAACUGCUUUGAUCAUGCCGGGACACCUCGUGUUGUCAAGCAAGACUUCAGAUUCAAGAAUGGUCUUCAUAUUCCAAAGGGGACAGUUCUCAUGACACCGAACGCACCAAUGUUAUUUGACGAAGAAUACGUGAAAGACCCCUUUGAAUUUGAUGGUCUACGGUUCUAUGAACUUGCCAAUAACUCCAAGACACCGGAAAUGUUCAAAUAUACUUCUACGAAUCCUCACUACCUUCAGUUUGGAGAUGGAAAACACGUUUGCCCCGGGCGCUUUUUUGCAGCGGAUGAGCUCCGGCUCAUUCUGGCGUACCUGGUCUUUCAUUUCGAGAUCAAGUUACAGAGGGCCUUGCCGGAGAACCUCAAAAUCAAGAGGCACAACGUGCCGCACUUGGGAAUAAAUGUCCUCUUUAAGAAAAUAGAAAGGUAG